ACAGUAAAUGGCGGUUUUACAACUGUGCGUUCUGGAAGCCCCACCCAGGGGGAGCGAGGAGAUGGGGCGCAUCCCGAAAACGCCCUUAUCGCGUGGGAAUAUUUGUACCCAACUCCUCCAUCCCAGCUGCCCCAUCCUUCCCAUCUCAUCAGCCCUCAAACCCCCCCAAAGCCGAUUCCUAUCCGCAUCAUCGUCUCAACUCUUCCCGGACUUCAUCAACCUACCACCGCCUUCCAUCAUGAGCCAAACUGCCCGCAUCUCAGCCGUCCAGGAUGCCGUUCAAAGGAGCGGACGUUCAGUCGCCUGGCCUGAGCACGGCAACCGCCCCGCUUACGUCUCCGAGAUCUUUGGUCAGAAUGUCUUUGACCUUAAGACGCUCCAGCAGACUCUCCCCAAGCCUGUCUUUGCUCGUUUCGUUCAGCAGAUUAAGGGUCGUCAAUCUCUCGACCGUCCUACAGCCGAUGCCGUUGCGCACGCUGUCAAGGUCUGGGCUAUGGACCGUGGUGCCACACACUUCACUCACUGGUUCCAGCCUCAAACCGGUACCACCGCCGAGAAGCAUGACAGUUUCCUGACUCUGAGGACGGUCAUCUCCAACGGCAUGGAGGAGACCACAGCAAUUGAUGCGUUUUCUGGCUCCCAAUUGCUUCAGUCUGAGCCUGAUGCCUCUUCUUUCCCCAACGGUGGUAUGCGUUCCACCUUCGAGGCCCGUGGUUACACCAUUUGGGACACUACAAGUCCCAUGUUCCUGCGGAAAGGUCCUCACGACACUUCCAUUCUCUACGUCCCAUCCGUCUUCAUCUCCUACAACGGUGAGGCGCUGGACGAGAAGACCAUCCUUUUGCGUUCUUCAGAAGUCCUUUCGACGGCCGCUGUGAACCUCUUGAACUUGCUGGGUGAUAAGGAAACCAAGCGUGUCUACGCCACCCUCGGAACAGAACAGGAGUUCUUCUUGAUUGACCGUGCGCUGUACAACCUCCGUCCCGAUCUGAAAAUCACCGGCAGGACGUUGGUCGGAACUGUGCCUCCCAAGCACCAGCAGCUCGAGGACCAUUACUUCGGCCAGAUCCCCAGCCGUGUUCUUGCGGCCAUCAGCGAGGCGGAACUGGAGCUAUACCGUCUCGGUGUGCCCUUGAAGACUCGCCACAACGAGGUCGCCCCUAACCAGUUCGAAGUUGCCCCCAUCUUCGAGGAGGCAAGCGUUGCGGUUGACCAUAACUUGGUCCUCAUGGAGACCCUCCACCAAGUCGCUCACCGUCACAAGUUGAAGGUGCUCUUCCACGAGAAGCCUUUUAAGGGUGUCAACGGAAGCGGAAAGCACUGCAACUGGUCUCUGUCGACCGAUCAAGGCGAUAAUUUGCUCGAGCCCACCAUCAAGCCUGAGGUCAACUACCGCUUCCUUCUCUUCUUGGUCGCCACUCUGGACGCUGUCUACAAGCACGCUGGUCUACUCCGCGCGUCGAUUGCCAGUGCAUCUAACGAGCACCGUCUCGGUGCUAAUGAGGCCCCACCAGGAAUCGUGUCUGCUUUCUUGGGAGAGCAUUUGACUGAGGUUCUCAACGCUGUCGAGGAGAAGCGGGAAGUCCGCAACUUCUCCCAGCCCCAUCUGCAGACGGUCAAGGUUGGAGGAACCGUCCUCGACCUCAAGGUCUCGACAUUACCUCAGAUUGCUCGGGAUUUGACGGACCGUAACCGCACGUCUCCUUUCGCCUUCACCGGUAACAAGUUCGAAUUCCGUGCCGUCGGAUCCAAGCAAUCGCCUUCCUUCCCCACCGUCCUUUUGAACGCCGCCGUUGCUGCCUCCAUCACCGAAAUCACCGCUGCUCUUACUAAGCAGAAGGGCAACAAGCCCGAACCCUCCGUGGAUGACAUCCUCGCGGUUGUUCGUGCUUACAUCACGUCCAGCAAGAAGAUUCGCUUUGAGGGCAACAACUACUCUGACGACUGGGUCAAGGAGGCUGAGAAGCGCGGUCUUCCCAACAUCAGGCAAUGCCCCGUUGCUUUCCGCCAGCUCCUUGCGGACGAGCACUCCAACCUCCUCACUUCUCUUGGCAUCAUGACGGAGGGAGAAAUCCACUCUCGUUUCCACAUUCUCAUGGAGAAGUAUGCCAAGGACCUGAUCAUCGAGUCCAACACCCUGAAGAACAUGAUCAACCAAGGCGUCCUCCCCGCGGCCUUCGCUUUCAAGAAAGAGCUCAGCGAUCUCGUCCUUGCAUCGAAGAACCUCGCGCUGGAGUACAACGACAUCCCCGAAAUGCGUCUGCUCAAGAAGGUCACCGCUUUGACCACGGCUCUCCAAGCCAGCACCGAGAAGCUUUCUGAGACCAUCGACCGCGUCAACGCUCUCGAAGGUGAGGCUCAAGGCGACCUGGCCGGUAACGAGCUGACGGUCCUCCUCGAGGAGGUCAGGAAGGCCAGCGAUGAGCUUGAGCUGUACGUCAGCGACAAGCAAUGGCCUUACCCCAAGUACACCGAACUGUUGUUCUAAAGCUCUACCCCUUCCACCCCUGGGUGUCAUUUCCUGAAUCUUGCAACAUUAUUCCCCAAAACUCCCAUGUCAGCGGGAGUCGUAGUAAAGCACUAGACUAGCUCUGGAGAUCUCUGAUAAGCCUGUUAUAACACUGUAAAGCCCAAAAAAAAUAACCAAUGAACUGAUUCGUGGA